AGGAGGAAGUCUUUACACUUUAGGACUUCUCUUGAAGCGUGUCAGAUUAUUUAUGAGCGAAGGCAGAGGACCCUCGCCACUAGUUAGGAACUAAGGCGGAAAAAAGGCAACCAGGAAGCGGAAUAAAGGAAUUCUUGGGUGUUUUUAUAUGCAAGUGGGGUGAAGAGAAAGAGACCCUCUUCCCUGUGGGUCAGCCGGUGAAAGAAGAUGAAGAACCAAAUCACUAGUGCCCUCUCCGACUUCUUCUUUGAGUACGAGACCCCCCGCCAGGUGCUGGUGAGGAACAGGAGGGUGGGAGUGGUGUGCCGGCUGAUCCAGCUGGGGGUUCUGGCUUACAUCAUUGGGUGGGUUUUCAUCUAUGAGAAAGGUUACCAGUCCACGGACACAGCAGUCAGCUCCGUGUUCACCAAAAUGAAAGGAGUGGGCUACACCAAUGACAAAAGAAAAGAGAGAGUCUGGGACGUGGCUGACUACGUCUUCCCUUCGCAGGGAGACUCAUCAUUUGUGGUGAUGACAAACUAUAUCAUAACUGAAGGCCAGUCAAUGGGAACGUGUCCAGAGCUCCCAGGCAAGCACAACUGCACUUCAGACGCAGACUGUGAAGGAGGGAGUUUCAAACGUACGGGACACGGACAAAUGACGGGAGUGUGCGUGAAUAGGACUAACACCUGUGAAGUGUUGGCUUGGUGCCCAGUAGAGGAAGAUGACAAAGUACCAUACCCUCCUCUAUUAAUGUCUGCGGAGAACUACACGCUGUUCAUCAAAAACUCUGUAACGUUCCCCUUAUUUGGUGUCUCAAGGAGUAACCUUGUCGAGGGAAUAGAUUCUCAAUACAUCGGCAAAUGCCUUUAUCAUCCAGAGAAAGAUCCGCUGUGUCCUAUAUUCAGACUGGGAGACAUUAUUAAACUGUCUGGCUUCAACUUUAAAAAUAUCUCUCUUAAGGGAGGAGCUAUUGGUAUUGUAGUUGACUGGACAUGUAACUUUGAUGUGGAUGUAAAACACUGUAAACCAGAGUACAGAUUUCACGGAUUGUAUGGAAACCCAGAAGAGACUGAUGAAACAAGAGCGUCAGUGGGCUACAACUUCAGGUAUGCAAGGCAUUACAUGGAGGACAAAGUUCAGAAAAGGACACUUCUAAAAGUGUUUGGCAUCAGGUUUGACAUCAUUGUGCAGUCACUUGCGCGGAAAUUCGAUAUCAUCCCGACACUGACAGCAAUCGGCUCUGGAGUGGGAAUUUUUGGAGUGGCAACUGUAGUAUGCGACUUGGUGCUGCUCUAUUUACUUCCAAAAAGAGAAUUUUACAAGAACAUGAAAUUCAAAUACACAGACACACAAGUGCAGCAGGACAGCGAGUCACUUGGUGUAGACACAAAUGUCUAUUACACCCUUGAAACGAAUGCAAGGCAAGCCCGAGGAACAGACCGGUCCAAAGAUCCUGAUUCAGAGGCAGGCAGCACAGAGACUGAGGUGUCUAAAAAGUGACCUGGGAGCAAACAAGUCAAAGGCCGUGCUACUUUUGAAGGCAUGCCGCACUGGAAUCCUGCGAGAACACAAACACAAAAACAGGCACUAUAAAUGGACUUGUAAGACAGAGAAAAACCCUGUGAAAUGGAAUCGUUUCAUGUGCUUUAUUUCUUUUUGAUCUGCAGCAGCAUCGUCUACCAACAGCAUUCUCCCGCUUUCAAAGGCAUCCUGGGAAACUGUGACUCUUGCUAUUCUAUGAAGAGUCACAGGUAGCCAAGCUCAGCUUUGUGUGUACUUUUUUGGGUGUAACUCAGUUUGUGUUUGUUCAUACUUUGGGUGUAGCCUCCACCUCUUUGUCUCCAACGGACACAUUUGUGUUUCUGUGUGUACAAGAAAACGUUACCUCAGUCACCAUCUUUGUCAAAGCAAAAUAUACACAUACACACGCACACAACGUAUGGUUGCAUGUGUUGCUGUUAGUGAGUCAUCUCUCGUGUGUACCUUGUGAUCAGCUGUUGAACUCAAUAAAAGACGUACAGUAACACUACUGCUUU